AUGGGCCUCCUGCACGCAACCGGCUACUGCGACGAGCGACCGUUCCUGUGGAGUGCCGCUUCGAAAUCCGUAGGGAUCCUCUGGCUCUCAACAGUUGGCUACCUAAACGCGCAUCGCCAUUUCUACACUUUCUAUCACCAAGAGUACCGAAAAAUUCGCACCACAAUGCGAGUUCUGAAAGAGCACAUGCGGAGAUCGUCGGUCCUGACGGACGAAGAAAGUAGUGGGACAGAGGAUGCUGGUAGAACCUCAAGUGCAAGUAGUAUUAGAUCAUCUGCAAGCUCGCUGAGGCCUCAAGGAACUUCUAGAAUCACACAAGCAAGAAAGCUGGAUCGAGCUUUGAGUGGAGAAAGCCUGAAUACAUCUUCUGUUGCACAUGGUGCUGCAAAGCCAGUACGAGAUGAAGAACAGCUCGCAGCAGUCGAUGCUCCAGGCAACAACAGGAGUAGUCUCGCUUCUACCAUCUCUUCUACUAGUACAAGGUCAACAAGCCUACUAGCGAUGCAAGGGGCGCUGGAGCCGAGUUCUUUCGAUACAAGGAGCACUACAUCUAGUAUGGGUUGUUCUUCAAAUGGGUCCAAAAACUCUUUUGUAGUCGAAGGUGGUAUCAUUCAGUCCGUUCUUCGAAUGGGAGGAAAAGUGGAGAACAAGGAGUCAGAAGCUGCGAAUCCACAAGAAGUUGACAGCGGUGUGGAUGGCACGACUAGUAGUGGCACGGAGUUGAGAAAACGGAAAAAAACUGCAGCUCUUUUUAAGACUGGUGAUGAAAGAACUACUGGCAUUGGUUCAGCGAAGAGCAGUCCUCCUGCACUCCCUGGCACCACAACUAGCAGUCCAAUAGGAGAUAGUUGUAGAGGCGAAAUAAUUUCUGCAGGACAACAAGAAGACGACGUCCGGGACAGUCGUGCCUCUAGGCCCAGCACUUCUAGCGCCAAUAAGGGGAGUGGCGCUUCUCAACAAUUCAGAGAGAUGGAAGCUUCCAUCCAACAACUCUCGCAGCGCGCUCAGGAGCAAAGGGAAAUCUUUGAAAAGCAAGCGAGAGAUUUGAUAAGCAGUGUACGGAGGUGUGCGCAAUUCUUUGAGAAGAAUUUGCGGUCGGUUUUUUGUUAUGGAGAGACGCAACUUACUGUAGAUUUAGAUUUAGUUACUAGAUUUACGGUCGGUUUUUUGUUAUGGAGAGACGGGUUACUAAAUUUAUAUUUACAUUUAUCUUGAUGAUCUUUUUGUCAUCACUCAUCUUGACUAUGAUUUCAAUUUUUUACGAGUUCCUUAUUCUGUGAAAAUCAACAAUAGACAACAACUUACUAUAUAUUCCGGCAUCUAUCUAAUACUCGUACCCCUACCUGACCGAUUUGCUGGGGCAAGUAAGCUUCCCGCGACCUCAAGAGCCCGUGGUGUUUAAAUUCGAAGGCGAGGAUUUGCAUGAAAUGUCAAGGAUGAAGAGGAAGUUGCGCCACCUAGACGACCGCAUUUACGUCGGCGGAUACUACGCAGAAUACAUCCUCUCAGCUUUGGUCCCGAGUCGUGUCUACAACAGCAAGCCUCUGAGACGUUAUUUGGUCGUGAUCAUGGAUUUAAUCCUUCCCGCUUGUUUCCUGAUGGCAGCUUGUCGACACUUCUACGUCUUUAUCAUGCACCGUGUGAAAUUUUUCGGCAGAUUGGAGACGGAUCCAGUAUUAAGGCUCAAUAUAUUUCAUUUCUACUACAAGUCAUUUCUCCCUAUGAUUUCCUUCUACUUAGGAUCAUUGGGAGAAAUGUACUAGGCAAGAAAUGAAUUGUUUUGAGCUCGAACAGUAGUGAUUUUGAUCAGGGAGAUCGACACAGCGUUGAAUCCUUAUUUCUUCCUGGAGGGGUACAUACCAGUCUGGCUGACGGAUCUGAACCACUUGCUUUUCUCUCGCCUCCUCGAAGUGUGCAACUGGAUCCUGCACAUGAUUUGGCUGUUUGUGAUACCCAUGGACGAAUUUUUGACGUACCUGAGAGCCAGAUGGAACAGCAUGCGAAGC